GAUGCCGACGUUUACUGAGGGUGUUGUCGCACUUCCGGGAUGAGCCACCUGACAAACACGGGACGUGACGUCACCCAGGUGUUAAACUCCGAGCAAAGUGAGAGAGUGAGAGAGUAGUAGCAGUAGUAUCAAAGUAGCGAUUCUUCAACUUUAGCAGCACGUGUGAUUUACAUUGAGUGUGACUCUGCAGAGAGUUGGUGCCGGUUUGGGAUUUUACCGAUUAUCUCUUCAUGUUCGGACUCGUCCCGUGAACGCAUCACCGUGACGACUAACUGCAGACAAACACACUCGAGUUGUUGUUAUUUUAUUUUCUAUCAUUUGCUUUGUGUUGCGGAGCUGCUGAGACCUUGAACCCCGCACAUGGAGUCUGCAGAGACGAGAGCCAGUCAGAGGCGUUCCCCUCUGGACCUCAUCAUGAACCAGAUCCGCAGGAAACGCACGGCCGCGGACAGGAAGCCGCUGGGACGCUUCCUGUCCCGGGACCGGACGGGGGGGAUCCCUGAGGACGGGGAGACGGAGGGGACGGGGGACAGAGGACAGAGAGGACAGAGCUCAGGUGUUGCCGUGGAGACGGAGCGGGACGUGGGCUGGGGGGGGGUGUGUGUGUUCCUGCAGAGGUCGGGGAAGAAGAGCGACCCCCGGAGCCUCAGCCUGGCCCACUGUGACCUCACGGCCACGGACCUGCUGGAGCUAGCGACGCUGCUCCAGUUUCUCCCCCAGCUGGAGGAAGUGGACGUCUCGUGGAACGAUCUGAUUGGAGGAAGUCUGAAGGCGCUGACCACUCACCUCCAGCAUGUGGGCGGGAUCAGGAAGCUGAGGCUCUGCAGCUGUAGGCUCGACGCCGAUGAUGUCACUGCUCUGGGUGACGCUCUCGACUGCGUGCCGCUCUUGGAGAUCCUCGAUUUGUCCUGGAACAGUGGCAUCGGGGGCGGCGCUUUGCAAGGCCUGCUGGGUAAACUUCCCCCCCCACUGAGGGAGCUCCACCUGGUGGCCUGCCAGCUCACUGCAGCUGAUGCCGCUGUACUGGGAGGAAUGGUGUCUUCUCUCCCCAGACUCACUGUGCUGGACGUCUCCUGUAAUCCUCAGCUCGCGCAGGACGUUGAUGCCGGCGGCUUCAGAGCGCUGGCGUCCUCUCUCUGUCACGCCGCCUCGCUCACCACGCUCCGCCUGCAGGCCUGCGGUCUGACGCCGGACAGCCUCGAUUCUCUCGGUGGUUCGCUCUGCUGCCUCCCCGCGUUGCGAGAGUUGGACCUGUCCAGUAACAAAGGUCUGGCUGGGGGACUGAACCGGCUCACGCUCCACCUGGCUCACCUCACACACCUGGAGAGCCUCGACCUCCACCUCUGCUGUCUCAAACGCCCCCGAUGUUGGAAGCUCUUCCAGGUGCUCCCCUGUCUGACGAUGCUGGCGGAGCUUGACGUGUCGUCCAAUCAGCACGCAGGAGGCGUGCUCCACCCGCUGGUCUCCGCCCUUCCUCUGACUCAGAUGAGGCGCCUGCCCCUGAACAGCUGCAGCCUGAACCAGGAGUCCUUCCCCGCUCUGGGUACAAGCUAUAUACUACAUAUCCUAAUAAGAAGCAGAGUCUUUAUACUUGUCUUGUCCGGUGCAGCCGCCGUGUGCAGACGGGGUUUCCUGUCCUCUCUGCGGCUGUUGGACCUGUCCUACAACGGCUCGGUCGGCGACGACGGCUGGACCGCCCUGUGGGCGGCGGGGGGGCUGGGCUCGCUGGAGGACCUGGACCUGAGCCUCCGACCCUGGUCCCGCGCCCCGUGCUCGGCCUGGCUGCCGGCGCUGCUCGGCGCUCUGCCUCGACUCCCGGCGCUGACGCGCCUGGCGCUGCAGCGGUGGACCGCCGGCUCCCGGGACCGGAAGCAGCUGGACCACUGCCUGAGGAAGAGGGGCGUCCUGCUGGAGUGGGACCCGCCGAGUGCAGACGGGGCGGCGUCAUCGUUCAAGGCGACCAAUCGGGAGAGUCCGGAGGAGAGUCGGUUGGAGGAGUAGGCGUCAAAAUCCCAGAAGGUGCCCGACAGAAAGCUGCUUAUCUGAUGUCACACGUCACUAAUGGAGGAAUCAGAAAGCAUCACCUGCACUCUGAGAUUCAGACAGAGACCCGUAGAGUAGAGUGUAGUGUAGUAUAGUAUGGCAUAGUAUAGCAUAGUGUAGUAUAGAGUAGUAUAGUAUAGCAUAGUGUAGUAUAGUAUAGCAUAGUGUAGUAUAGUAUAGCAUAGUGUAGUGUAGUAUAGCAUAGUGUAGUAUAGUAUAGCAUAGUGUAGUGUAGUAUAGUAUAGCAUAGUGUAGUAUAGUAUAGCAUAGUGUAGUAUAGAAUAGUGUA